CCUCCCCGGCGCCGUCACCAUUCACUCCCAGCGGAAGGGCCGGUAUCGACCAGUGACGCAUCGCAGCGCUCAAGAAGCCGCCGACCUCGACCACUCCCACAACUAGCACUGCGAUCACUCCAACCCAACAGCCGCGCCGCUGCCGGCUCCAACACCAACUCCUUCAUCGCGCCCCGUCGGCGCCUCUUGCACCGCUCCGUCUCUCGCGUCGUCCUCAUGCCCGAAUAUGCAGUCCGGUCGACGCAGCAACGCCCGUAAGAGGCCCUGCGAGCAAAUCAUCAUCCACUUCGAUUACGAUUGCUUCUACGCUUCUGUUUUUGAGGCUGAGACGCCAGCCCUGCGGUCCCUGCCGCUGGCUGUGCAGCAGAAACAGAUUAUCGCCACGUGCAACUACGAGGCCCGCCGUAGAGGCCUCCGCAAGCUGCAGCCCAUCAAAGAAGCGAGGAAAAUAUGUCCCGAUGUCGUAAUCGUGCUUGGGGAAGAUCUCACCCGCUUUCGAAAUGCCUCCAAAGACCUAUAUUCCUUCCUGCGAGCAUUUUCGUGGAACGCCAAGGUCGAGAGACUCGGGUUCGAUGAGGUAUUCAUGGAUGUUUCAGAUAUUGUCGACUACAAUCUCACCCUGCUGAACCCGAAUGACCUAGCCAACUCGUUCUUUUGCCUAUCCAAAGCCGACCCAACCCAAGGCUUUGCUGUUGAUGCAUCGCAGGUGGCGGGUCACACUUACCCUGGCGAAUUGCAGGAUAAGCUUCCUCUAGACGCUGGGCAACUCCAUGCACUCCGGCUGCGGUUGCACCUUGGCUCCCAUUUGGCGAUGCACCUACGCCACCAACUAGAACAAGUCAAGGAUUAUACCUGCACCGUUGGCAUCUCAACCUCUAAGCUACUUGCUAAACUAGUUGGGAAUUUGAAUAAACCCAAAGGGCAGACCACUCUGAUGCCUCCGUAUAACUCGGACGUUGGAGAAUCGGACAAUGUCACCACAUUCGUUGACAGCCACGAAGUUGGCAAAAUCCCGGGCAUCGGCUUCAAGCUGGCCCAGAAAAUUCGUGAGCACGUCUUGCGUAGACCUGCCGAAUUUGACAAUGGCUUUGUGUAUGGUGGCACGAAAGAACAAGUCCUCGUUCGCGACGUGCGAACACAUCCAGGCAUGAAUGCUGAAGUGUUAGAAAAGGUAUUAGGCGGUCCGGGCACUCCGCACGGCAUCGGAGGCAAAAUCUGGGGGCUCGUAAAUGGAGUAGACGAGACCGAGGUAGGCCAAGCACGCGAGGUGCCUAAGCAAAUAAGCAUAGAGGACAGCUAUAUGCGACUAGACACCAUGGAGGAGGUGUUGCGAGAGCUACACACACUAACCAGAAGCUUAAUCACUCGCAUGCGCAUAGAUCUCCUGGAAGACGACGACGAGCUCAACACAGACUCGGUCGCCGCAACCGGUGGAAAGAGAUGGAUAGCCCAUCCAAAGACCCUCCGCCUGUCGAGCAGACCGCGUCCACCGCUCAACGCAGAUGGAACUCGUACUAGAACCUUCAAUCGUAUCUCACGCUCCGCGCCCUCUCCCAACUUUAUCUUCAACCUGACUGAAACGGUCGAUAAUCUUGCAGAGAAGCUGGUCGCCGAGGUCCUGCUCCCGCUGUUCCGAAAACUACAUCCCGAGAAGAGCGGCUGGAACUUGAGCUUGAUGAACAUUGCUAUCACCAAUAUGGAGGACACAGCAAGUGACACCAGAGCUGGGACAGGGCGGAACAUUGCGAGGAUGUUCAAGCAGCAGGACGAUGUGCUGAAGCAAUGGAGAGUAGAGGAUCGAGACCGUUCGCCUAGCCCGGCCGCUGAUGCCACGAUGGGAGAGCAGCCAGAUCAAGAAGACCAUCUAGGCAACAAAGAACAGCCGGAUGAAGGUGUCCAACUCAAAUCAACUCCUCCGAUCACGCACCAAGGCUCCGAAGAUAUCAUACCACGCUCCCAAGACAGUCGCGCAGAAGAGAUCGGACAAGGCUGGGACAGUGACGAAGAAAUGUGUGCAUUCACCAUCUUGCUGGUUUAGACAGCCAGCAAGCAAGCCCAAAAUCCCAACUUGGUCCCGUGCCGCAUUCCAAGGCCAGUCAUGUGGAGUAGAAGGCCACAGUACACUAAAACCAU